AUGUCCUUUCGUCGGAUUGAAUGUUUUAGAGAUUUUUGCAAUUUUUCUAGACUUGCUUAUAUGCGCAAGUUUUCAACAGCGCACUCAGAUCAUGGUGAAACAGCUAACAUUAGCCGAAGUUCCACAGCUCUAUCAGCAGCAUUCGUACCUCUGCGUCAUAUUCCAACCUCAGAUUUAGGUCAUUCAAUUCUAGCCAACAGUAAUAAAGAUAUUUCAUUAAAAGCACUGCAGGAAGGUAGAAUGCUGUCACCGAAGAUGGUAUUUGCUGCAAAGAUAUUAUCACUAUCCAGUUCGGCAGUUGCUCUUGCUAUGAUACCAAUAAUAUCGCAACUCACAACUAGAAAACCGGGAGCUGGAACCGUUACUGCAGUUCUGGAUUCAUUCUUCAUUUUAUAUGCCUUUACACCAAUUUUACUGCAUCAAAUCCUGGUGAAACGAUAUGUUGUCGAUUUAUAUUAUAAUCCAAAAACGGAGAUUUUCACAUCAGUACACUUCGGGUUUUUCCUAACAAAAAAAGCGCUGAGGUUUCGAGCAGAAGAUGUGGUGGAUUCAAAUCAUUCGCCAGAUAUGUUCAAAAUGUGGUUUCCGCUGGCUACUGUUGUAAUAUACGGAAAACCUUUGAUGCUUCCUUUAAAUGAAGAAAUCUAUGAAGAUGUUGAAAUUUUCAAAAAAUUAACCAAAAGGAUCAAAUUAAUAAGAUAA